UUCAAGAAUUGUUCUCCACAAACCCCUCUAAGAGCUGCAUGCUUCACCAACCUCCGUGAAAUCUACCACGAUAGUAUUACGACCGAGUUCAGCUGUCUGCGAACAUCUCACGAUCCCUCAACUUGCACAAAGCUGCUGCCUAUACCUACAAUACAAAGAGCCGCGCAGGCGUAUGAGGGGCACAACCUCUCGCCAUCUGCGUGAACGAUGGCGGUAAACAGGAUCGCAAAGGCCUUCCAGACGCCUAGGAAAGGAGAAACCUUCGAGUUGAGAGCUGGUCUGGUGUCACAAUAUGCAUACGAGCGUAAGGAGGCGAUUCAAAAGACCAUCAUGUCCAUGACCUUGGGCAAGGAUGUGUCUGCAUUGUUUCCUGAUGUGCUCAAGAACAUUGCAACAUCUGAUUUGGAUCAAAAGAAAUUGGUCUACUUGUACCUGAUGAAUUAUGCCAAAUCACAUCCCGAUCUCUGCAUUUUGGCGGUCAAUACGUUCGUGCAAGAUUCAGAAGAUCCGAAUCCCUUGGUACGAGCGUUAGCUAUCCGGACAAUGGGAUGUAUCAGAGUGGACAAGAUGGUGGAUUAUAUGGAGGAACCGUUACGAAAAACAUUACGAGACGAAUCUCCUUACGUACGGAAAACUGCGGCCAUAUGCGUUGCGAAGCUCUUUGAUUUGAAUCCUGGGAUGUGCUUGGAGAAUGGCUUCUUAGAGACCUUACAAGAAAUGAUCGGAGACCCCAACCCGAUGGUGGUAGCCAAUUCAGUCACGGCUUUGGUGGAGAUCAAUGAAGCUGCACCGGAGACGAAAGCGCUUCGGGUCACUCCAGCGACGCUGAAGAAGAUGCUGAUGGCACUGAAUGAGUGUACUGAAUGGGGAAGAGUGACUAUUUUGACAACUCUGGCCGAUUACAAGGCGACAGAUGUGAAGGAGUCCGAACACAUCUGCGAAAGGGUGUCUCCCCAAUUCCAACACGUCAACCCGAGUGUUGUGCUGGCUGCUGUGAAAGUGGUAUUCUUGCACAUGAGAUAUAUUAGUUCGGAGUUGUCAGCACAAUACCUUAAGAAGAUGGCUCCUCCUCUAGUGACUCUUGUUGCAUCAGCUCCGGAGGUUCAGUACGUGGCUUUACGGAAUAUUGAUCUUCUAUUGCAGAGCAAGCCAGACAUCUUGAGCAAAGAGUUACGAGUUUUCUUUUGCAAGUACAACGAUCCUCCAUACGUCAAGCUUCAAAAACUGGAAAUUAUGGUCCGGAUAGCCAACGACAAGAACGUCGAUCAACUCCUAGCUGAAUUGAAGGAAUACGCCUUGGAAGUUGAUAUGGAUUUCGUCCGAAGAGCUGUUAAGGCUAUUGGCCAAGCUGCAAUCAAGAUUGAGAGUGCCAGUGAGAAGUGUGUCAACACACUACUUGACUUGAUUGCUACCAAGGUCAAUUAUGUUGUCCAGGAGGCCAUUGUGGUCAUCAAGGACAUCUUCAGGAAAUAUCCCGGAUACGAGGGCAUUAUUCCAACCCUGUGCAAAUAUAUCGAUGAAUUAGACGAGCCAAACGCAAGAGGAGCUUUGAUCUGGAUCGUUGGAGAGUACGCAGAGAAAAUCAGUAAUGCUGAUGAGAUCUUGGCUGGAUUUGUCGAGGGAUUCAUGGAAGAGUUUACACAAACUCAAUUACAGAUCCUCACUGCGGUAGUCAAGCUAUUCCUGAAGAAGCCAGACAACAAUCAAGGAUUGGUGCAAAAAGUUCUACAACAAGCGACAGCUGAGAACGACAACCCAGAUAUUAGAGAUCGUGCAUACGUCUAUUGGCGAUUAUUAUCAGGCGAUCUAGCUGUGGCUAAGAACAUCAUUCUUUCCGACAAACCUCCCAUCACCACAACAAUGUCAUCGCUUCCCCCUGCCUUACUAGAACAACUCCUCACAGAACUCUCCACUCUUGCCUCAGUCUACCACAAACCACCCGAGACCUUUGUUGGCCAUGGAAGGUAUGGUGCUGAUGCUAUCCAGCAUGCCGCCAUUCAAGAACAGCGCCAAAAUGCGGUCGACAACCCAAUCGCUGCUGCAGUGGCAGCCACUCAAAACGGCGGCCAAAACAACGAGAAUCUCCUUGAUAUCGACUUUGAUGGUGCCGCUCCUGCCUCAGCAGAUGCACCCCCUACAGGUGGAGCAUCUGGGCUUGAAGGCCUUGCGGGUACUCCCCAGAGGGUUGCCAGUCCUUCAGUUGGUGCACCUCCGGGUGCAAAUAGCAUGGAUGAUAUGAUGGGUCUAUUUGACAUGAAUGGGUCGAGUUCUACUGCGGGUCCGAGUUCAAUGCAAAAUGAUAUGAUGAACGGGUUCGCAGGGCUAGAUUUAGGCGGCGCAAGUCAGCCUCCUCCGCCACAACAGCAGCUGCAAGGAGGGAAGAAAACCAACGAGGAUCUGUUGGGCAUGUUCUAGGUGUCUUGUUAAUUUAGGCGGAAUGGAUUGAUAGCGAACAAUGAUGCAUUGGUGUUUGUUGAACCUUUUAAUUGUGAAGACAUUGCAUUACUCGUACUACGUAG